AUGGGUAAAGCCACAACCCUGGAUAUCGAAUAUGCCAGCCUCAUGGCCCGCAACCCCGAAGGCACCUUCCUAUAUAUCCCGCCUACCUUUAAGAAGUUUCAUCCAGGCUCCGUAGGUUUCUUCGAUGAGAACGGUGGCUGGAACCAAGUCACCGACCUCUGCAAGGAAGGGCAAUCUACAGCCGACGGUUUCACGGCGCUGGGUCGGACACUGAACCGCGACGAGCCCAAGACAUCGAUAUGGAAGACUCGCUCCUCCGAGAGUGAAGACGGCCAGCACGUCCGACUCUCUGGUGGCGUGUCAGCUGCGGCAGCGGCUGCCGUGCCUGUCGAUGUCAAAGGCGAAGGCAAACACAAGACCAGUGCUUCUGGGAAGGCGGGUCUUGUCACGGGCAGCAUUGUUAAGCGGGAGAAGAUCCUGGCUCCGUUUGGCAAGCCUGUUACAGCUUGGGCAUCAUCCAAUGCUAAGACACUUCUUGCAUCAGACUUCUCCACGGAUAUUGAGAAGAAUGGGCUUUGGAUUAUUCAGUCUGUUUGGGUGACUGAUGAAUGUGCUAUACACAUGACCAAUAGCAAGGAUAAGGAUGUUGAUGUUGGACUGGAUAUUGCGGCCACUGGUGUUGGGAAGGCUGGUGGUGGAGGUGGUACCUUCGAGAAGCUGAAGAACGAGGGUUGGACGACGUACCAAGCUCAAGGAGAUGAUGGUGGACUGGUCGUCUCAUUCAGCGGAUCCCACUAUAAACCGCGCACAUUCCAUAGAUUCCGACGCGAUCCCCUUAAACAAUCCAAAGCCAACAGCUUCCUACGAGAAAGAGGCGAGGUCGUGGAAGAGCUUGGUUUUGAUGUCGAAACCGUUGGUGUGAGCAGCAGUGACAUUGAAGAAGAAGAGGAGGCUGAAAGGAAAGAGCAAGAGAAGGUACCCGCAGAACUCGAGGCGAAGAAGACCGAGAUCCUGCGAAACACAAUCGUGACAACCGAAGUUGUACCGCACUAA